UUUGUUGGGGGGGGGGCGGGGGAGGGGUUAGUAGGUGGUUGAACGUUUAGGGCCGGGGAACCUACCCCCGACUCCGUCCCCACGUGACCGGCACUGGGCUCUCCCCUCACUCCCUCAAGCGCCUGACGGGAGGCCAGGCCCCGACGCCCCCAUUUUCUCAGUGAAAGCCCAGAGGGGCGGGAUUGUCAGGCCCACGCCCCGCACACCCAGGCGGGGCGCCCUGCGGCCCGGCCCGUCCGUCCGUCAGCGGGCGGGGACUGGCAGCGAGGGGAUUUCUCCCCACGCCCACGGUGAGCCAAUGGGCGGGACUGGCAGAGGCGGACGGCCCCGGCUCCUCCUGAGGGCGGGAGGCUGCAGCAUCCGGGCACCGGGGGAGGUUCUGCGGCGCCGCCCCCCUGUUCCUGUGGAGGCCCCGCUCCCUUCCCUGCGUUAUGUAAGAGGGCGGCGCCGCCAUUGGCCGGCGGGAUCGGGGCGGCCGGCGGCGCGCGUGCGCAGUGGGGGGGGGGGCGGCGCUGACUCCUCCAUCCUCCUGUCGGGCAGGCGGCGGCCGCGGCUGCUGCGGGGCCGCACGGAGCCUUCUCCGCUCGCUCGCUCGCUCGCGCCGGGGCCGGCCGGCCAGUCCGGAUAUGGCUCGUGGACAGCAGAAGAUUCAGUCGCAGCAGAAAAAUGCCAAAAAGCAAGCUGGACAGAAAAAGAAACAAGGACAUGAUCAGAAGGCUGCAGCCAAGGCUGCCUUAAUAUAUACCUGCACUGUCUGUAGGACACAAAUGCCGGACCCCAAGACCUUCAAACAGCACUUUGAGAGCAAGCAUCCUAAGACUCCACUUCCUCCAGAAUUGGCUGAUGUUCAGGCAUAAAGUUGUUUACAGAUUGUGUAGCAAACAUAGUUAAUGAGCAAAUAAGGUGACUGGAAAGCGGCAUCAUACUGGUAAGACAAAUUAACCUAUUUUCAUAAGAAUUUUGUUGCUUUUUGAAAACUGUAUGAUAACUACAUAACCAUCAAUUGAUAUCGGUAAAGGCCAGGGUGAUCUUCAGUUUUAUACACUAAUAAACUCCCUAUUUACAGCUGUUGCUAACUGAAAUACUGUAACAUUUUCUAAUAAAUUGAAUCCAAAAGUAUGGGGGAAACACAGGACUAGUGGGGGAAUUGUCCUCAUUUAGUACUGUCUGCAAAUACUCAAUGUAUGGAUUUAAAGAGUUGUGCGGGUGGGUAAGGAAUAGGGGAGUUUCCUCUCCUUAUGUCUAAACUUGUGGAUGCACCCUGUUAACUCUGGCUAAAAAGACACAAUUGUGCAUUGUACUGUGUCUGAUUAAAGAGCAAGUUAAAAACCCUAAAGUGUAAAAUGUGAUAUUUCCUGCCUGUUAAAAGCAAGUGUUCCUGCAUUUUUAUUAAAUGAAUUUGAUGCUGGCUGGACAGCUCUAAAUCUUGACACUAUCCAGCUACAAAAAGUAGCUGUGGCAGGGCAAACGUCUCACCUUCAUCCUGCAAGUCUGACUUGUCUCUAUGCACGGACUGCUAUCUUUCUCCUCUUUAUAGACCUACCUCUGAGGCUGUUGAUGAAUCUCUGCAACAAAAAAAAUCAAGGACAUGUAAAAAUGUAAAAUCAUGUAAAAAUCAAGGAUAUGUAACCUUAACAAAGCAAUAUUUGUGUUUUGUGCAAUGUUCUGGCAAUCUCUCUUUGGAGACUUCUCCAUCUCUUAAUUCUCCUGUGAAGCAGAAUGCUCUUCACUGCAAAAUUGACCAAGAGAGUUAGUUAUAUUUGAAAGUUACAUAGUGAUGAAGAUCUGAGUUCCUCCAAAUUUUACUAUUGUUGAAACAUAAUGCAAUAUCACUAAAAUCAUCUUUAAGAUAUGUAAAUUCUAUUUAUUACAUGAGUCAAGUUCUAUUGCAGAUUGACAAGUUGCGAUGUGUUUAUCAAUUAAAAGUCAAAGCAAAGUAAAGGGUUGAAUGCUGACACCAUUUAAAUCAGAAAGUUCUGACCAGCAAGCUGACUACUUAGUUAAAGAAUACAGAGUCAAGAGUCAACUUGCUUUGUCUACUCAGUUCACUACUGCAAAGUGUUUUUGUACUAGAGCCUUCUGGCUAGUGUACCCAUUUAGAAUCUUUAAGGCAUUCUUGCAAUGGCUGUACCUUUAACCAAGUGUUGUAGACUUCUAAUUUCAGGUUUACACAUUUAGUGUAAUUAUUACAUAUUCAAUGGUAUCUCCAGAGAGGUCCCAUAAUUCAGAAAGGAUAUUAAAGGCCCUGUCUAUGCAGUAGCUGAAGUUUUGUUAGCAACAACUGUUUUAAAAUGAUCUUGAUAUGUACCUGCAUUAAUAGAUAGCUGUGGAGGGUUUAUAUUUAAAAAAACAACCUUAGUGCCCAAAAUCAUCUUUUAAAACUCUUUUUGAUGGGGUUAAAAGCCCUCACACACAGCUUUUCAAAAGUGAUUAGUGAUUUUUUUUGGAUGCCUCCAAUUUAUGGGGUCAAACCCGAGACAUCUUAAAUAUGGGGUCUGAUUUUCAAAAGCAUUGAGCACCUAUCCUCUAAAAAUAAAUCUUUCUUUAAAGAUAUUUCAAAAUCAUUAGUCCUUGAAAAACUUGGCUAGUGUGAACAUGGCUGAAGUGUCUUCUAUGUGCUUAGCUGUCAGUGGUGAGCAUGUAAAUUAUCGCAAGAAUUUUACUUAUGCAGAAGAUGAUCCUAACUAUAUUGACUUCUAAACUGGCUAAAAGUUAUGAUGCCGUACUUCCUAAUUUGGUCUUCCAGUCUAGACAGACACAAACUCUGCUUAAACCAUAUUAAAAGCAGGCUCUGACCAGGCCUUUUAAAAAUGUUACUAACAUAGCUUGGCCCUGUGCAAGGCAGGGAGCCAACGUAUGUUUGAUGCAGAUUUAGGUAGAACAAUGUUCAGUUCUCUAAAGGUGAAUUUCCAAGCCAGUGUAGAAAGGGCUCUAGCAUCAACACACUGCCCUUGAGGUGGUAUCGGGUCUAAUAAAUCAAGCAGCAGAGCAGUUUACGUGACUGCCCUGCCUCUUUCUCCUUGAAUGUUUUUUCCACUGUAAGAGGUAUUAAAGCCAUAAACACUUUACUAUGAUAAAAAUCUAUGGCAAAUAAAAAAAAUCAAAGCUGCAAACUUUCUCAUAAAGGUUUAAGAUGUGCUAAGCAUUUACUCUACAUGCUGGGUAUGGCUAAAUUUCAACAUACGAGGGAGUAGGGCAUUUGAGAGCAUUUGCAGGGCAAGAGAAUGCAUCCUAGACAAGACUGUUCUAAUAAAUCUGUUUUGCGUUUAGUAAUGGUUAUGUACUCUCCAACACUAUAACAUUGAUUUGUUCAGAAUCUGAAUUAAAUGUGGUUCUAAUUUCA